AUGCCUCCCCCGAACGUUAAGCGGCUAGUCCUGACUGCCGCUGUCGUCUCUAUCACUAUCACAGGCACUCUCUACGGAGCUGGUCUAAAGACAGAUCAAGAAAUUUCUGAGACAGUAAAAAAGCGCCAGGAGUCGACUUUUGAUGAGCAAUUCAAGGCUCUUCAAGAUAUGCGCUCAAACUUGGUCGCUCGAAGAGGAAUCCUCGAGAACCAGAUACGGGACUUGGAUGCGAGAGUGUUAGAGAAGCAGCAGAAAGGCAUUGGCGGGGACAACAAAGACCAAUCGAAUGGGGAACGAUGA